CCCACUCCCCCCUAUCUCCUUCCACCCCCCCCAUCUUCACCCCAUCGGCGGGCGCAUCGCCAUGCUCCGGACCAUCUCCAAGCUCCGGGAGGCGGCGGCGCCGCUCGCCUCCGCCGCCGUACGGCGAUGCUCCGGCGGGCCGCGGAUCCACGCCGACGCCAAUUGCCCGCGCUGCACCGCCAACAUCUCCGUCCAGUUCUCCCUGCAGCCCCUCCCGCCGCCCGCGGCCUCCUGCAGCGCCGAGGCCGCGGGCGCCCGCCCGCACCACCACGACGGGGCCAGCGUCUGCCCCGCGUGCCGUGGGGCCUUCCUGUUCCGCGCCCAUCGGAUCGACCCCAUGCGGGGCGCGUUCCUCGAGAUCCCCAGCGGCGUCGGGGCCGACGACGGCGAGGAUGCGCACAGGGGCGACCUCUCUCGGAUCAAGCGGUGGAUUGCGGAGCGCCCUCCGGACGACUGGACUCAGAUGCCGCCGCAGGCUCCCCCGAUGCAGAUGCCGCAGGUCCCCCCAACGCGACGUAAACAGGGGAGGAGAAGAGGGAGGGAUGAAGGAGGCGGUGGCGGUGGCGGCAACGGUAAUGGAGGGGACUCCUCGGGCGGGGAGGGAACGAGCGCGGCGCCCAAGAGGGAGUGGUGGGGAGGCGCCACCCUGGGGGAGGAACUCCCGACGCCGCGGGAGAUGUGCCGGAGACUCGACGAGUUCGUCAUCGGGCAGGGCAAGGCUAAAAAGGUUCUAUCAGUAGCCGUAUACAACCACUACAAGAGAGUAUAUAACGCAACUGUACAGAAAGGAUCUGCGGACAAUUCUGGGUGUCCAGACGCUGCAAAUGAUGAUCACGAUAAUGUAGAGAUAGAUAAAAGCAAUGUACUUCUGAUGGGUCCAACAGGCUCAGGAAAAACAUUGCUUGCAAAAACAUUAGCACGCAUUGUAAAUGUACCAUUCGUUAUAGCUGAUGCGACAUCAUUAACACAGGCUGGAUAUGUAGGUGAAGAUGUAGAGUCGAUACUGCAGAAGUUACUAGUGGAGGCCGAAUAUAAUGUUCAAGCUGCCCAGCAAGGGAUAGUGUACAUAGAUGAAGUAGAUAAAAUAACAAAGAAGGCAGAGAGUGCAAACGUUAGUAGAGAUGUAUCUGGUGAAGGUGUUCAACAGGCUUUGUUAAAAAUCCUAGAAGGAACUGUUGUCACCAUUCCUGAAAAGGGAUCUCGCAAAAAUUCUCGCAAUGACAGUAUACAGAUAGACACAAAAGACAUUCUUUUCAUAUGUGGUGGUGCUUUUGUUGAUUUGGAGAAGACUAUUUCUGAAAGACGACAAGAUUCAUCUAUAGGAUUUGGGGCACCCAUUCGUACAAACAUAAGAAGUUCAGGAGUGACCAGUCCAACGGUCACAUCAUCUUUGUUAGAAUCUGUUGAGAGUGGAGAUCUUGCAAAGUUCGGCCUAAUACCAGAGUUCAUUGGACGCUUGCCCAUUCUAGUUAGUUUGGCAGCUCUCAACGAAGAUCAGCUUGUUCAGGUUCUUACAGAACCAAAAAAUUCACUUUCGAGACAAUACAGGAAAAUGUUUAGCCUGAACAAUGUUAAGCUACACUUCACUGAUGGUGCACUGAGAAUAGUAGCAAAGAAGGCCAUAGUCAAAAACACUGGUGCACGUGGUCUAAGAGUCAUCUUAGAGACCAUUCUACUGGAGGCCAUGUAUGAGAUCCCUGAUGAGAAAGCCGGAAACGAGCGAGUAGAUGCUGUUGUGGUGGAUGAGGAGGCCAUUGGUUCCGUUGACAGGCCCGGGUGCGGGGCUAAAAUUCUUCGGGGGGACGGCGCACUGGCACAGUACAUAAUAAGAAAUAACUUACCAAACUCACCGGAAACCAACGAGGCUUUGGCCGGGGAGCUUGAAGACGCGUACAUGCUGUCAAGAAUCGUUAGCUUGUGAUUAACCUUACAGACACCGUAUAUUCUGUAAAAUGUCCACCACUCACACCCAGUCAAUUUAACCAAUUUUCCUGUGAUCUAUUUCAAGUUUGCGGUGAGGUCCGACGAGCAGAGAUCCGGCCGUCGCGUCAUUUGUUGUAAUUGUUGAUGUAAACAGGAGUUGCCUUUUGAUCGAGCAACCAUCCUGCUAUAAGCAAAAUGUUUCUCAUUGUUUC